AGAGAUAGAGAGAGAGAGCGCCAGAACAGGAGUGAGCGUGGUCGUCCUAACCUCCCCCAAUCAUUUCCAUAUGCGGACGUGAAACUGCGUGGCGGUUAUCGCCACGGUUUUGUAUGUAAUUCAUUUAGUAGCGAGCACCCUAUAGACACCGAGCGGCAGACAUGUGGUUCACCGUGUGUCCAUGUGUGUGCGGGCAGUUGUCUCUCUCGUCGACAUGAUCCGACACAGCCUCGGCGUUCACCACACACUCCCCGAUCGAUUGAGUACCAUGAGAAGUUGAUUGAGGGCUGUUCUUGAUGAGCGUGAAAAGCAGGGUAGGGCGGCCAUGGACACAUUCAGCCAGCUGAUCUUGGCCAUUUCGGUGACCAGUUUCCUGGGCUUCCAGUGGCUCUUCCACAGGGCCAGCCCCUGGGUGUCCACCCGCAUCAGCCCGGGCUUCGACGUCCUCAGUGACAAGCAGAAGGUUGAGUGGAACUCCAGGACGGUGUCAACACUGCAUGCGCUCCUGGUGGGGCUGUUUUGUCUCUACAUCUUGUUUUUUGAUGAUCUCGUCAACGAAGACCCAGUAUGGGGAGAUCCGACGCUGGUGAAGAUCAACGUUGCCAUCACAACGGGCUACCUCAUAUCUGAUCUCCUGCUUAUAUUUUACUAUUGGAAGGCGAUAGGCGACAAGUUUUUUGUAUUGCACCAUCUGGCAGCAUUGUAUGCUUACUACUAUGUACUGGGCCAGGGAACGCUGCCUUACUUUGCUAACUUCCGGCUGCUCGCGGAGUUCUCCACCCCGUGUGUCAAUCAGCGCUGGUUCUUCGAGGUCCUCGGCUACCCUAGGGCCUCGCGGUCCAACAUGGCCAACGGCGUCGCCAUGGCAGCAGUGUUCUUCGCGGUGCGCAUCGCCGUCAUGCCGGUGUACUACGGCCGCAUGUGCGCGGUGUACGGCACGGCGGCCUACUACCUGGUGCCCUGGGGAGGCCGCGUGGCCUGGAUCGGCUCCAGCAUCUGCCUGGACAUCAUGAACGUCAUGUGGAUGCACAAGAUCGCCCGCGGAUGCAGCCGGGUGCUGCGUGCAGGAAAGCAGGGACAGCAGGUUCACGGCCUCAAGCCCCAGCUGCCACACCCGCCACCCCAGGAGAACGGAAAGAAGGACUAACAGGGAGAGAGGAGUACAGAAAACGAAAAAAAUCGGCGACCGAUGAACAUGACCAGCACGCCCUGCUUGGGACACCAUUAGUGUUGUCGAGGAUGUUCCAAUGUCCUGCAAAACUAAGGACCUCCUGUGUUGAAGAGUAAAAGGGGCUGGGCAAGUCUCGCUGAGGUCUCGGAGCACUGAGUUGUGGUUUGUGCACUUGUGGACGUCAUGCACACCAGACAGAUUUGAAGCCAUGGAUGGAAUGAUAAUACCCUGCACGGCUAAUGCUUUUGUUGUGUUGGUUUCUUCUUACCCCUGAGGGUGAGGGAAAGCGGAGAAGAACCUUGAUGAACAUAUUUUGUCAUGGGAAGGGAAACGUACUUGAUGGGCUUCUUGGGGUUUAGGUCCAAUCCUUCACUUUACUCUUUCACAGUUGGAAGCUCAGAAAGAAUAUAGACUCUUUAAUUUUAUUUUUUUGUCACUGUUGAUGGGGACCUUGAGGAACAAGUUAUGGGGGAAUAGUGGUGGAAUACAGGAUGUACAUUUCCUAUUGAGGUAAAAUUGUGUCUGGUUUCCCGCUAUUAAAUCCAGCUGUUGUCGAGUCACUGUGGGAUUACACUGCAGAUAUUUUAUUGCCAUUGCUUUUAUUUUAGAGAGGUUGAAGAAUAAUCUCAAGUGAAAACACGGACAAAGGGACGAAGCACACGCGUCCCUGUUGAAUUAUGGACAUAGGGUAGGUUAAUAUUUCAAGAACAUUAGGAUUAUAAGUGUAUAUUUAUUUUCUAUUUAGACGUCAAAUUUUGGAUUGUGGAUUAUUUUUUAACGGAGACUGAUGUGCAAUGACCUCAUCGGACUGGGCCCUUAUUUGCUGGUGGCCCAGUAGCCUGACUGCCAUAGGACUUGCCAUAAAGGAGCGUGAAUGUCAACACGGAUUGUACGGAAACAGCGGUUCAGCAGUGGUUACUGCAAAAUACUCAUCAUCCACUCCUUAACAUUACGUCACACGUAUAAUCUCUGAUGCCUGUAUUUUAUGACCAUACAAAUAAGAAAAAAAUCGAAUGAAGUUUAUUGGUGGAGCAGAUUUACAUAGACGACUGUUGUAGACAAAAAGGGCUGUACAGUGCAGAGUGGCCAAAUGGUGAGCACACAGUGAAGGAAACUAAAUAAAUCCGACACAACAGGGAUACAAUAGAAUUAAAUACCUGGCAACAAGUUUACACAUGCACUGAGAUACAUUGAAAUACAAAACUAGUGAGUGCUUGCAGGAUUUCAAAUCAGUGGUAGCUUUUGGGUUUUUGAUGCAUUUCCGUCCAGUGUAUCUAUAAUAUAUUAUAAUUUGGUUUGAUUCACAAGCUAUUUAGUUACUGUUGGUUUUGAGCCAAUCGGAUCGGAUGCCAAAGGGAUGAACAUUCAACGUCAAAACUCCUGUUGCUCCUGACGGUGCAAUUGAUCAUUCCCUCUUACCCCGUCUUUCCCUGGGAUUUUUGUUCUUAUUUUGUAUGGAUUUAUAAGAUAAUCAAAAUGCUGCAUUAUCAUAUCCUAAAACUAAACCAUUCAUUACAGAAGAUGCUGACAUUUGAGUAUGUAUUUAUUGAUGUUUGUGUUGAAUGCAAGAAAAAAAGUUUCUGAAAUUGACCUAAUCUUCCAAAUGAAGUAUUUAUUUAAUCUACACAUACAACCUCUUUAAACCAUCAUCAAAAACAGCGGAUCAAAGUUUGAAGUUUGGUCUUGAUAUGUAAAGCAUAGCCUUUUCUGCCUAUAUGCCUUUGGUAAAAAAUAGCAAGGUCCCAAGGUCAUCGCAAAGUAAACAGAUUUUUACUCCUGCUAUCCUCUCAGAAUCAGGACGAUAGUUUUUAACGCUCAAUUUAUUUUCUGCUGGUGAUUUUCGCCGUUGUUUGCCAAUGUCUAUAGGGACGUUUGAUUAUUUAUUGAAGCAGGGCAUAUAAACCACGUCAACGAUUGUUUUAAAAAAAAACAUGGGCCAGCCUUUUACUAUUACAGCUGGAAGUACUUCAAGAGGGGGUUUACCCACAACGUUAUCAAACUUCUGUUUAGCAACGAGCAACUGAGAUAACGUGUCACCAUGCCAACCUCAUGGAGAUUUGCACAUGACAGUGCCAAAACUCUGCCAUCAUUUUCCUUGUUGUUCCAUUGUUUCUGAAGUUCUCAUUCACUGUUGCUUUCAUGCAUUGAAGUCCCCUUACAAACUAAAGCAGAGGCUUGGCUUGAGUUUGGCUAGGCAAAACGAAGUGAACGAUCACCUGAUGAAGGAAAUGUUUUUUGGGAGUAGAAAGGGAUUAAUGAUGUUGAAUGAUUGUAUAUGAAUGAAUGUCUAAAAGUGGCUGUGUCUGCUCUGGGUUUGAUAUUAUUGGGAGAUAAUAUGUCUGUUAAAGGCUCUCCAAGUACAUAAAAUACCAGUGGUUUCUGUAUGCAAGGUUAUGCAUGGCAUAUGGUCGUCAUGCACCCUCUAUUACUGCAUGUGGUAUUGCAUGAUGGGGUAUUGCACAGUUAACCAGACAAAACGUGUGUUGGCAAGCUGUAUGUCGUUUGGCCUAUAUAUUUUUGUAAUCUUUUUGUGUUUAUUUUUGCCGAGGUACAUGUACAGAUGGCGUCCGACCUGAAGCAUAUCCUUGUGCCACCUAAUGUACGCCACAGUUGGUGACGAUGCCGAUAGUGAACAUCUAUCCAGCACAUGGACAGCCUGUGGUGCGAUAUGAUACUUGAAAUCGAAUCAGCAAUGUUGAUAACAAUCUGGGCUCUGCAAAUAAAAAACUGAAUAUAAUAAAGUAUUUCAUCGUUUUGUUGCCUUUUUUUGCUUUGACGUAGGCCUAUUUAUUCGGCUUAUCUAAAGGGCUUUUCACACGUGAAGCCAAUUAUAAACCGCUUUGUUUUGUUACAUUCUUUGUCCAGUGACCAUGUUACAUAUAUAUUGUGGUAAUUAUAAUAAAUAACCAAGUGUAUGUG